UAUUUCAUUCAUGUUUAUAAAUUUACAACUUGGGCAUAAUACAAGCAUUUGUUUUGUCUUUUCAUCAUUUGCUCAUAUUACAAAUGACACAGUCUUCUUCCAUUGUCCUUUAGGGGUGCAGUUAGAUGUCCCCACUCUGGUAUGAGCAGGCUAGGGUGCAGAUGCUGCCUUUGUUGCAUACCAGCUGCAGCUCUGGCAUGUAAGAUGGUAAAAAGAAACAGCCACCACUUGCACAGGACUGUUGUGAGGAUGAAUGAGAUAGUGUCAGGUUAAGUGCUCCAUAAUUGGAAGUUGCUGUUUCUGAGUUUAUCAGGAAACCUCUUAUCAUGAUCAAUUUGUCUCCUUAAUCUUUUUUUAUUUUCUUUUCCUGCUUCAAUAUGCCUCUGACAAACGCAUACUCCUGGUGGGCUAGGCGGUCGGAUCUUGGCCCCUUCUCUAAGGCUUUUCUUGCAGGUUCCAUGUGCUUAUUUAUGGGCGGUGCAAAAGUAAUUUCGGUUUUUGCCUUAAAAGUAUUGCAAAACCGCAAUUACUUUUGCGCCAACCUAAUAUAUGCUCCAGGCCGAGCUGGGAGGCGUGGGUGCACACAGGGAGAGUAAGACAGGCUGGCCGCCGGCCCCGCAGGGUCAACCCGGCCAACGGUCAUGAAGGGAGGUGGAAUAGGGGGAGGCCACACAGGGCAGGAAGAGGGGAGGACAAAUGGGGUGCACAUGGGGACCGUGGCGAUGACGUAGAAUGGACAGCCAGUUAGAGUCUAGGCCCACUUAGGCGAUGAAGGGCAGGUGAAGAAAUCCCGUUCCAUCUUCCUGCAGUCUUCCCUUGGGGCUCCCCCAUCCUAUCCUGCUCUGUACCGGGGCGGCUCCUGGUGGGCCCGCGAUCAAGAUGAGGCCUCCGAGCCUCCCAGAAGUGACUCCGAAGUGCGCGCAGUGGACCUCGCGGUUCCCAGGCAUCCCCUAGGGUGGGUGGAGGAGCUGGGCGCCCCGGUGCGGAGAACGGAGGAAGGGUCCGCGCGGUAGCCGUUGGAAACAAGGUUGGCGGCGGGGCCCAGCUUGUGGGUCUCCUGGAUCCACGUCCAGGUCGCAGGGGCGGGGUCUGCUGCGGAUUUCUAAGGGCCCGGCAGCGUUCUUGAGUGUGGAGCAAAUCUGUAGGAGUGCUGUCAUAGUUCUAUUGUGAGGAUCUGUUCUACCGGCACCUGUUAACUCGCCUGGCAUUUUGAGAAGCUAGUAGUUCCAAGAGCCUCUGAGUUCCUGUCUUCUUUCAGCCCUGAAACCCCACCAUUGGCCUAAGUUGGGAACGGGGCAACCUGUGUUGCUGAUGUUGGAGGACUAGGACAUGAAGGGAUUCUCCCGGGUCAUGGUCCCAGCCUUGACCUCCCUAGGCUACCUGCUCAUAGUGGUGGUCUCCAUCUUUCCCUUCUGGGUGCGGCUUGUGAACAAGGAGUCCCAUGAAGUCUUUUUCAGUGGUCCGUUUGAGAACUGCUUCCAUGUCAAAUGCUGGAAGCCUCGACCCUUAUCCAUUUACAUCCUCCUCGGACGGGUUUUCCUGUUCUCUGCAAUUAUCCUGGCUUUCCUCACCACCUUCUUCAUGGUUCCCUUCGCAGCCAAGUUCUUCCCGAGGACCUGGAAGCAAAACUUUGUGUUAGCCUUCAUCAGCUUCUUCACAGCGGUCUGUGCCCUCCUGGCCUUGGUGCUGCAUGCCCUGGAGAUCCGGGCUCUGAGGAUGAAGCUCGGCCACCUGCAGUUCUCCGUGCUGUGGCCUUACUAUGUGCUGGGCUUCGACGUCUUUCUGUUCAUAGUGGCUGGUACCAUCUGCCUUGCUCAAGAAAUAGCCUGCCCUUGCUGUCACUUGUUGUCCGUUUCCCAGAGGAUGGAGGAGGGCCACGGAUGCCUGCACCUGGACAAUCUGGAGAGUUUGGGAGGAGAACUGAGCUCAGUACAAAAGGAGACACUGGUGACAGAAGAAACAGUUAUCUAGUCCAGGACAUGGCCUCCCUACACUUCUUCAAGCUGUGCAAAUGCACACAUGUAGCUGUUUGUAGGCCCCCUUCUCUGCCAGUGUCUGUGCUUUUGUGGAGCUUCCUGCAUGUCAGAUCAACCCUCCACUUCCCUGUACUCACAGCGAUUCUAUCUUGAUUGUAUUUGAAAUUUGCUAAAAGUCCUUUCAACUCUUCUGAACUUCCUGAGUGACGUUUUUGCAGGUAUUUUCAAGAAAAAGAAGGGCUGCUUUUUUCAUCCA